AUGACUGGAUUCACAGUGCCACAGCCCCUCUCUAGUAAUAUUGUAGGAAACUCUGUGCCGUUGGUCAGCGACUGGGGAGCAGUGCAGAACAAGAGCAUGCGGGUGCGCCUGGACGUGGCGCCACGACCGCUGGUGUCGCCGCUGGCGGUGACACUCCUCGAGGGCCAGCCGCUCGAGCUGAGCUGUCUGUCCCCCCACGCGGGGGGCAUGGGUCCCCUGGGUUUCCGGGGGCUGCGCAACGAGCGCCUCCUGCCGCCCCGACCCAGAGCUUACCGAGGACCUCUACCCGGCCGGCUCGCGUCUCGUCUUGGCCGAGGCCAGGUCCUCGGCCACUUACACCUGCGUGGCGACAGGCCCCUUGGGUUCGGGUCGCGCCGACGCGUUCGUCACGGUGCUCGCUCCACAUGUGUCUACGGAAGUGUGUCCAGCAGAGGAGUCGCACGGUGUCCAGUGGCAGCGCACAGCAGCCCACUGCGGGAUGUCCAGGCAUGUCCCACAGCCGAUGUAUGUGGAGGGCCGGCUGGAGCGCCCCUGUCGACUCUCGCUCGACCGUCAGGUCAGGCCUGUGGGGAGCCCGGAUUUCUCAGGGUGCACCGAUGCGAGGCUGGCACAACUCCAGUGGAAGGCAAGUGGCACUGCCUCCAGUCAUCGUCAUCAUCAUCUUAG